AUGGAUGAUGAUGAGAAUUCAUCGGAUUUUAUCAAUUCAUUGAAAUGUCCGAUUACUUAUGAGUUUUUCCGUGAUCCUGUCAUUGGAGCUGAUGGGCACACUUAUGAGCGUGAAAACAUCACAGUAUGGAUACAAAAACAUGCGACAAGUCCGAUUACGCGUGAACCGAUGGAUUUAAAAUCUCUACGGCCAAACUUUAUCGUUAAAAAAAUGGUCGAAGAUUUUCUAUCUCUAUCACUGCAAAAACAAUAUCGCUUUCGACUUGACAUUGACAUUUGCAAGGCAAAACAACGACCGAUCUUUCAAAGUCCUGGUAAGACAAUCUAUGAAGCCAAUUGGAUGUCGAAACAAGGUCCACCGAUUGUUUUAAUACGAAUCGAUGGUGCUAAAGCGAAGUGCGAAGCCAGUUUCUAUGUUCAACUCAGUUGUCAUCCACAUAUUGUUCGAACGUAUGGACUCGUGGAGAGUAAUACAUCUGAUAGUAUCAUGUUAGUUCAAGAAUAUGCGCCCGAAGGCGAUCUAAGUGAACUUCUACGGGGUAGAACCUUUCAACCGACUUUGGAAGUUCUAAUCGAAAUGUUUCGGCAAAUUGUGGAUGCAAUGAUCUGCUUAGCAGAUAAUCAGAUCAUCCAUGGAGAUUUAGCAUGUCGAAAUGUCCUUGUUUUUCGCUCAAACUCAUCUCAGCCUAUGGAGAACUUAGUCAAGUUAACUGACUUUGGACUAACACGAACAAGUUCUCUCUUUUCGAUCAUCGACUCGCCUGCGUCAGCCACAUUGAAGAUGAUACCCGUUCGUUAUGCAGCACCGGAAUUACUUCUCGAUGCAUCCGUGACGAAUUACUCAGAAAAAUCAGAUGUCUAUUCCUUCGGUGUACUUAUGUGGGAAGCAUGCUCAGCUGGUGCAGUUCCUUAUGGAAAUCUAGUAUCAACAGAUGUUGUUUACAGGGAAAAAUUAAAAGGAGCGCCACUCGAACGACCGAGUAUGUGUUCAGGUGACUUGUGGAAUCUCAUUCUCGAAUGCACACGAACGGAAACAAAACGAAGACCGACUUUUAACGACGUACAAGAGUCUUUGUUAAACUUACGUUUUGAAAAUAAACGACAAUCAUCCAAUCAAAUACCUCGUGUGGAUUAUGCUUCUGAACAAAUAACCGAUAGAAUGUCAUCAGCGAAUCACUAUCAAUAUUAUAAUGUAGAUCGUUUCUCAAAAGAUAAUUGCACGCAAAAGCAGAGCAUUUCACCGAUCUACGAAAAUUUUGGCAAUGUGACAAGACAGUAUGCUCUCCCAGUCUCGUCCACGACGACGCCGUCACCAGGAGAUUAUUAUGUGCCAUGUGAAUAUUGUUUCCAAUCAGUCAAUAACGAUGAUUUCGAAACACAUAAAGAAACUUGUCAUAUUCGUCGCCAUGUUCAAUGGUUUGCGAAAAUGGUUGCCCGAUUACCCCUGUUAGAGCUAACUUCAUGUCAAUGCUGUGAAAACAUUAUACCACUGAACAUGCUGACCAUCCAUCAAAAAACAUGUGGGCAAAAUCCACCAAGUCUACAUAAUCCAUCGCGGCAAUCCCAUCAACAAUUACCAUCAGGAGAUGCUUAUACUACAUCUCAUUAUCUCAGACCAGUGUCGCUUCCUAUGGGUCAACCCGGAGAAAAUAUUUACGAAAAUAUAUUAAUACCGAGCCAAUACAGGCAAGAUCCGCCAGGUGCUCCUAUGACGCAAGCUGAAAUCUCGAAUUCACACGAACAAACAAAUUCAUCGUCGACCAAGCCACCAAAAACUGGUUUUCUCAAAGCUAUGUCUAAGUGGAAAAAGAAAAUGAAAUGA